UUUCUUUUCCCUAACAGCAACUCCAGAGCCGAGAGACUGCGUCCCGGGACAGACUGCCUUUUCUUAAUUGAUAGAUAGCCGGGCUCGGGUUUUCCCACCUCCUCCCCCAACCCCACCCCGCCUUACCCCUCCCUCCCGCCGCCGCCGCCCCAGAGCCCGCCCGGGGCUCUGUCGCCGGCUGCGUCCCUUCCCCGCUGCGGCUCGCCGACUCCGCACUCGCGCUCGGGCCAACGCGCCCGUCUGCCCGCCUCCGAGUGCCGCGGCCGCUCCAGCCUCUACACUCGCCUCAUCUGGGGAGCCUUCUCCCAAGCCCCCAAAGUUUCUGGGUUCGUUGGAAUUUUUGAAUUCCGAUUUUUUUCCUUCUUUUUAUGUACCUAGGAAUCUUGGAGGAAUAGUUUUGAUAAAUUGAUCGCACUUUCCGCUAGAUCUCGGUUUCCCUUCUUUUUGCCCCCCUAGCUUUGAGCAGGAUAGGGGCUUCCGAGAGAUUCCCGAUAAAGUUUUCCAAAGUUUUUCCUGUGUGAUGGUUGCAGGGAGAACAAGCUCACCAGCUUAACUCAGCUCCAUCUCACCUCCCCAGAGCAGCCCUAAGCCCGCAAAAAGGGACAAACAAACAAACAAACAAAGUUACACCUCGAGUCGCUUCGUGUCUUCUCUCUUCUUCCAGGCAAUCUUUUUCCUCCCUCUCUUCGAUCACCUCGCAGCCUCCAGCCCCUUCCCCCUCGGCCCCAUCUCCUGGGUUUCUCCGAGGGGUGCCAGGACCCCCGGCCGCAGCCUCCCCUCCCCCGUCACUCUGGUCCGGCCCUCCCCUCCCCCAUCGCGGACCGCACAGCCAAUCCCCCAAGCGGCCGCCAACAUGCUGUUUGAAGGCUUGGAGUUGGUGUCGGCGCUGGCCACCCUCGCCGCGUGCCUGGUGUCCGUGACGCUGCUGCUGGCGGUGUCGCAGCAGCUGUGGCAGCUGCGCUGGGCUGCCACCCGCGACAAGAGCUGCAAGCUGCCCAUCCCCAAGGGCUCUAUGGGAUUCCCGCUCAUCGGAGAGACUGGUCACUGGUUGCUACAGGGUUCCGGCUUCCAGUCGUCGCGCCGGGAGAAGUAUGGCAACGUUUUCAAGACACACUUACUGGGGCGGCCGCUGAUUCGUGUGACCGGUGCGGAGAAUGUGCGCAAGAUCCUACUGGGCGAACACCAGCUAGUGAGCACCGAGUGGCCGCGGAGCGCACGCGUACUGCUGGGUCCCAACACGGUGGCCAAUUCCAUUGGCGACAUUCACCGCAACAAGCGCAAGGUCUUCUCCAAGAUCUUCAGCCAUGAGGCACUGGAGAGCUACCUGCCCAAGAUCCAACUGGUGAUCCAGGACACACUUCGAGCCUGGAGCAGCCAGCCUGAGGCCAUCAAUGUAUAUCAGGAGGCCCAGCGACUUACCUUCCGCAUGGCCGUGCGGGUGCUGCUAGGCUUCAGCAUCCCUGAGGAGGACCUGGGCCACCUCUUUGAGGUAUACCAGCAGUUUGUGGAGAAUGUCUUCUCUCUGCCAGUGGACCUGCCCUUCAGUGGCUACCGGAGGGGCAUCCAAGCUCGGCAGAUCCUUCAGAAGGGCCUAGAGAAGGCUAUCCGUGAGAAGCUGCAGUGUACCCAGGGCAAAGACUACUCGGACGCCCUGGACAUUCUCAUUGAGAGCAGCAAGGAACAUGGCAAAGAGAUGACCAUGCAGGAGCUGAAGGAUGGAACCCUGGAGCUGAUCUUCGCAGCCUACGCCACAACGGCCAGUGCAAGCACAUCCUUGAUCAUGCAACUGCUAAAACACCCCGCUGUGCUGGAGAAGCUGAGGGAGGAACUGAGGGCCCAGGGCCUGCUGCAUGGUGGUGGCUGCCCCUGUGAGGGUACCCUGCGCCUGGACACGCUCAGCAGCCUGCGCUACCUGGACUGCGUCAUCAAGGAGGUCAUGAGACUCUUCACACCGGUCUCGGGCGGCUACCGCACUGUGCUGCAGACCUUCGAACUGGAUGGUUUCCAGAUCCCCAAGGGCUGGAGUGUCAUGUAUAGCAUCCGAGACACUCACGACACAGCGCCCGUGUUCAAGGAUGUGAAUGUGUUUGACCCGGACCGCUUCAGCCAGGCACGCAGUGAAGAUAAGGAUGGCCGCUUCCAUUACCUCCCGUUUGGCGGUGGCGUGCGGACCUGCCUGGGCAAGCACUUGGCCAAGCUGUUCCUGAAGGUGCUGGCAGUGGAGCUGGCCAGCACCAGCCGGUUCGAGCUGGCCACCCGGACCUUCCCUCGAAUCACUCUGGUCCCCGUCUUGCACCCCGUGGAUGGCCUCAGCGUCAAGUUCUUUGGUCUGGACUCCAACCAGAAUGAGAUUCUGCCCGAGACAGAGGCCAUGUUGAGUGCUACGGUGUAGCCUCACUCUGGUCUCAACCCAGCCCAGCAGCAGGGGUGGGGGACAGAGAUAGAAACCUGUGGGGUGGGGAGGGGCUGGGUGGGAGGCCAGCAGCCCCCCUAUGUUGUUCUCUGGCCUCUUCCCUGGCAGAACCUCCCCAAAGACAAAAGGGCCCCGCCCCCUCCUGACUCCCACUCUCUUGGAUCUCCACUGCCACCUAGCUUAGCUCCUGGGAGAGCCAGGACUGUGUGCCCAUGACAGUGUUAGUGCUGGUCAGUUGAGCUGCAGUAUAUGCUUAUGACAUCUGAACCCUUCCUUCCCUUGCCCCCUUGUCUUUUUGUUGGUGGUCAGGUGACUCUGAAGGCAGAAGGGAGGAAAAGAGGGGGCCUCUUGGAGCACUCUUUGACACCCUCCACAUCCCUCCUUCUGUCACUGCUCAAAUGGUGCCCAGAACAGUGUUCUGAGGAUUCUCACCUAGGCAGGGCAGGAGCUGCCACCAGCCUUGAGGGGCCCAUCCCAGCCUAACCAGUUUGGACAUUGGAAAUUACCUAUCGCUGCUAUUUGUCCUCUCUUCUGACCUUGGGGGUACAGGAGCCUAUGGGCUUAAUCCUCAGCAUCUUCCUUGGUGGCCCUGGGCAGGGACACCGGCAUUCCUCCCCCCAUGGGACCAACUGAGCCGGGUGGCUUCUGGCAAUAGCUGGGCUCCCAGCUGCCCACCCUUGCCCCUGUCCCAUAUUUAUUCAUUGACCUUGGCUAGACUAAGGUCUGGAGCACCCUCCCCAACACCUACACACCGCCACCACCACCACAUGCACACACCUGCCGGCCUCUGUCCUUUCCAGGGCUUCGGUGAGGCAAGGAGACAGUGUCUGGUCUAACCCAGUUCUUUGGUAGAGGGUUAACAUCCCUGCUGGGCUCUAGGCAAAAGAUGUAGUUUAACCUCAGAGUCAGACACCCAGCAUCUCUGCCAGGUGUACUUAGUACAUCCUCCCAGGCUGUCAAAACCCUGGGCAUGUGGGUCUAGGAGCCACCACUUCCUGUUCACUCACUGCCUGUCCCAGUGCCAGCCACUCCCCUGGUGAGGAUGAAUAAGGAUACGGGUUCUUCUGAAGGGACUUCUGUCUUCCCUUCCUUAGCUCUCUGUCCCUUUGCUCUUGGAAGAGUCCCCCACCCCAUAACCACUCCCACCCCAUGCCACUGUCUGCUAAGCCCAGCUCAGGGUUUGGGGUAGAGAAGAAAGCAGAGAGGUAAGGUGGAGAGAGAGAGCCCUCUCUCUGAGCUCCCUCAGGCCCUGUGGGGUCCGGAGAAGCUGCAGGGGAGGCUGUAGCUAGAAAGCAAUGGAGAAGGAAAGGAGGAAGAUGAGAAUGAUGAGGACAGGGCAUAUGUGAUUUGUUAGAAGUGGUUCAGUUGCAGAAAGGCCAGUGGGGGUGUGGAAGAUGACUGGGUGGAAGAUAAGGGACUCCUGCCUCUGGCCUUUUGAGGGUUGGCCAUGUGGGACCUUCCUGAGAAGGGUUUGGGACUCUGGUGUGUCUCUAGGCAGUUUUGUCUGUUUUUAAGAUUCCUCUUUGCUUUCGCUUUUCCAUCCAUGGCUCUUGCCUGUUACUAAGGCAGUGGCUCUUUUUCUCCAGAAAACAGAGACACAGAAUGACAGUCGGCAUCGAUCUGACCCUGGAUGGCCACUGUCACAAGGGCCAGCCAUAUCUCACCAGCCACACAGAACAUCCUAUGAGCCACAUUUCCCUGUGUUUCACUGGUCUGCAUUUUUUUCUGACAGAACCAGAACUACAGCAUUAGAAUACCAGCAAAAUUAUAGUGGAGUCAAAAAUAGCUGUAAGCCCUUAGCUCCCUUUCCCUGUUCUGAAACAGGCCAGACUGUGUAAAGACUCAGCAAAGUUUAUGAAAAAGGUGCAUGCUGCCCACACCCCACAGAACAGUGCCCGGGAGGCUCAUCUUCCUGCACGCUAACCCUGCCUGCCUGCAGCCAUCUGCUUCAGACUGACGAUGUGGCAUGUGACUCUGGUCCUGGUGAGGGAUGGGCACUGGGGGUGCCCCUCCAGGUGUCAGAGGCCUUCCCUUUCAGGAGGCCAGCGAGGAGGUGUGAAGGAAAAGCUGAGGGGGAUCCCUGUGAGGGUGGGAGGAAGAAAAGAUGGUCUGCCUGGAUGGGUCUCAGAGGUAACAGGAAAAGGGACCUCGCCUCGGCACCUGCGGUGUGACACCCGUCUCACCUCUGUAGAUGUGUCUGUUCCGUGUUCGUGUGUCUCGUUGUGGUAGCAUUAAUGGGUGAUGUAGUCUCACAUUCUUAACUAUUGUAACUUGACAUUUAAAAAAA